UUCUACUCCAUACUAUAUAUAUCUCUCUCUGCUGUGAAUCCCCAUCUGCAACCCUUGGAUAGCCAUGGCGAAUGUGGCCCUGAUUGGAUGCACCGGCAUGGUGGGAAGCCAUAUCCUCACCAGCCUUCUUGCAAACCCCGCCAUCGCUCGCGUGGAUACUAUCUCACGUCGAACACCACCAGCGGCAUCCGCUGCGCAGGCGAAACUGACGACAUUUGUUGACGACGAUACGUCGCGUUGGGCAAGCCAGCUGUCCUCGCUCGCUCCCACGCCCUCGAUCUUUAUUUCUUCAUUUGGAACCACUCGUGGCACAGCGGGUGGGUUUGAAAACCAGUACAAAAUCGAACAUGGCUUGAACAUUGAGAUGGCGCGGGCAGCGCGUGACGCCGGAACGAAGGUCUAUGUUCUGAUCUCGUCGAGUGGUGCUAAUAAAGCCUCAUCGAUCCCAUAUACCCGGAUGAAGGGAGAAAUCGAAGAAGAUAUCAAGGCUCUGGGCUUUGAAAAGACCGUUAUUUUGCGCCCCGGCCUCAUUGCCGGUACCCGCGAGGAGAGUCGUCCCAUGGAAGCUGCGUUGCGUUAUGUUGCUUCCUUUGCGGGCAAGGUGCACUCCAGCCUGAAAAAUGGCUGGGCUCAGGAGGCAGAUGACAUUGGCAGAGCUGCGGUCAACGCUGGUCUGAAGGCGCUCGAGGGUGAUGUUCCUGCUGGCAGUGAGAAGGUCUGGGAGCUUUUCGGUGCCGACAUUAUCCAGCUUGGAAAGGAAUCCUCGAGCUGAAGACUUGAUUGAUAUUUUGUAACAAAUUGCUGAUAUGUGUACAUCAACCUUUAUAUAUGACAUUAAUUGCAAGUGUUCAAGCAACA